AUGGGUCGUGGAAGAAUAUCUAUGAAACUCGUUCAAAAGGAGAAAUCAAGACAGAAAACAUUUUUAACCAGAAAGAAUGGUUUAAUGAAAAAAGUGAAAGAAUUGUCUACUCUUUGUGAUGUUGAUGUUUGUGUGAUUCUCUAUGCUCCCAACUUUCAAGGGCAGGGAUUUGUAGAACCUGAAACAUGGCCCAAAGACCCAUCAGAGGUACAAAGCGUUCUCCAAAAGUACUACAAUACAACAAAUGAUAGGCGUCUUAGGAUCUAUGAUAUUCAAGAAUAUUUCAAGGGAAAGAUGAAAAAAGUUGAAUCUGAGAUUUUCAAUGUGCACAAAAAGAUGCUAAAGGUCAUGUAUCCAACAUGGAAUGAAUCUUUCAACUCUUUUGGAGAGGAACAAUUGAGGUUAUUUGCUAGCAUGUUGGAUUCAAAACUUGAUGCUUGCAAUCAAAGGAUGAAUAUGCUAAAAGGAGAUCAUAAUGGUAAAGCAAUAACUGAAUCACACAAGGUUGAUAAAUUACCUAAUAGUAAUACUCCUUAUUUAACCUCAAAUCCAAGUAGCUACUUCAAUCUCAUGCAAAACAACUUCUCCAUUAUUAGUGAUAAAAAUCCCUUUGAAUUUUGGCCACUUGAAUUGGGGCAGAUGAGCUCUCAACCUUCUUCGAUGUUUUCCAGUGCACAAGGUUCCUAUCAAGUGCAGUCUUAUCCUUACAAUCAUGUUGAUGCUAAUUGGGCUCAUCAAGUUGAUGCUAAUGUUACCUAUGAUCCGAAAAUCGAUACAAAAAUGAAGGAUGGAGCCGAAAACGCUGAAAACUUAUCAUCAUCAUACUAUUACAAUGGAAAUACACCAGCAAUGCAAUCAUAUCAUCAUAAUGCUAUGCAAACUCUUCCUUUUGAUCAGAAUCUUCCAAACCUAAUGGAUUUCAACUUUAAUGGAUUUUAUGAUAUAGAUGGAAAGGAGUAG